AGCUGAAGGGUGCGACGAAGAGAGACGUCCUUCUCGAACGAUCGUUUUGCAUCCGAUACGAAAUUUUCGUCUGGAAUUCCGUCUCUAUCGCACAGGACGAUCGCCAGGAUGAAGGUGACCACGGUGGUGGAGCUGUUGCUGAUUCUUCUUCUGGUCGCGUUCGCGGCAUACGGCCGAGUGAUCGAACACGAUGGGAAAGCGGAGGAAGGAGCAGUCAGAGAUAUGAGAAGUUCCGAGGAAAGUAACGCUGAGAUAUCAACGCUACCGUUGAAGCAGGCAACUGACACCGUUAACAGAUACUGCACUUGCAAUGAGAACAUAUGCAAUUGUUGCAGGGACUUCCAUAUACCGCUGGUGCAAUUUCAAGGUCCAGGAUGUGCAUCCUUGCAGUACCUGCAAGGGAACGAAUUGGCCGUGCAACUUAGCUUCGGAAAUAACAUCCUGACAAGCACCAUAGUAAACGGAAAGAGUCCCAAGCCAGUGUGUGUCCCGUUACCAGGAGGGUUUACGAAAUUCUGUGGUAGGAUAUACUCUAUCAAACGGGAGGCCAGGAACAAUUUCAAAGCCUGCCUAGGGCUAGAGUUACAGUCGUCCACCGAAAUCGAAGCUAGUUUGCGUGUCGGUUGCUUCAGAUUCGGUCCGGAAGGCGUGAACCUACGCCCAGCGGAGCCACUUCCGGUGAUCGAAACCGAGGUUCCGGAAGAAGAAGAAGACGACGAUGACCUGUUCGGCUUAGGCUCGGACGACGACGACGAAGAAGAGGAUACCGACUAUGACACACCGGUGGCCAACUCUGCGACGAAUUCCUCGACGGAGGAAGAAGAGGAGGAAGAUGACGACGAUGUCCUCGGAUUUGGCGCUCUGUUGGACAUCAUAACCGGCGAUGACGAGACCACGAAGAAACCAAAAGGAACCACGCCUACGCCAUUUCUCCAGUUCACUAUUCCCAUUUUAACCAAGCCAACAUCGUCGCCUGUGAAUUUUGCCAGCGUCGAUGAUGACAUUGCCGCGAAUGAUUCGGAGGAAAGCAACGAAUACAAUCAAGAAUCAUCGAACGUGCAAGAAAGCGACGCUGAAGAAGAGUCUGCAGUCGAUGAUGCGGCGGAGGACGAAGCCGAAGAAGUCGUCACGGUUGUCUCCAAUAAGAUAGCUUCCUACGCGAAGCCGAAUAAAUUGCCGAUGAAAAAGUUCACAGCGUCGAAUGCGAGUAAAAAGAAGCCAAGCAUCACGGGUUCCAGUAUCAACGCGAUCGAGAAUGAAGUAAAUAAGAAGAAACCCCUGAAGAAGCCGGUGAAGGAUGACGACGACGACGUCGACGAUAUUCUAGAAGACGAUCUGGAUGAGGACGAUGACGACGACGACGACGAGGAAGAGCUUCUGGACGAGGAUGACGAGAAGAAUAGCGAAGAAGAAGACGGAGACGAGAAAGUGGACGAAAGUGAACAGGAGAAUCACGAGGACGAAGAAGAUAAGGCUGAAGUCGAAAGUUUGGUCGACGACGACGACGACGACGACGACGACGAAGAAGAGGAUGCGGUAAUCAGUGCUCUGGUUUAUGACGAGAAAACGGACGGGAAAAAGAAGGGCAAGGUGAAAAAGCAUUAUCAGACGAUGGAAGCAGACGAUGAUGACGCUGAUUACGGAUUAGGGCUUACCGGGCUUUUAGCGAGAAGCAGGCAUUCGAGAAAUAGCCACCAAAGUAAAGAUGUGAGACUCUGAGACACGAAUUCAACCGCAUU